AUGGAAACUCUUCCCGACUCUUACAAAGAAACUCCUCUAUAUUUCAACUCCUCAGAUCAACCUUAUUUCAAGGUACUAGGUAUAAAAUGGUCACCUAACUCAGACGCUUUCUCUUAUCAGUUGAAUAUCCCAGACACACCUCCCACUAAACGAGGUAUACUUGGAACAGUUAGCAGAAUAUUUGAUCCAAACGGUUGGUUGACUCCAGUCACUCUUUGGGUAAAAGCGUUGAUACAAGUUUUAUGGGCACUAUGUUUAUCAUGGGAUGCGCCUGUACCUCCGGAUCUAACUGAAAAAUGGUCUAAGUUCCUCCAACAACUUCCUUUCUUAAGUGAACUUAGCUUACCUCGAUAUGUUUCCGUAGCUGAUGCUGUUCAUAUCAGUUUACAUGGAUUUUGUGAUGGGUUUGAAACAGGUUACGGAGCGUGUGUCUACUUGCGAUGUGUAAGUUCUUCCGGAGAAAUCAACGUACAUCUGUUAAUUGCCAAAGCUCGAGUUGCUCAUCUUAAGAAGAUCUCCAUCCCUAGACUAGAAUUGUGUGGUGCCCAUCUUUUGUCCAAACUCCUGAACUAUUGCAACUGUCUACUCUCUCAAGAUUAUCUUGUCAACGAAUUACAUGCUUGGUGUGAUUCAUCUGUAGUCUUGUCAUGGAUAAAAACUGUACCCUACCGCUUAAAAGUUUAUGUUGCAAAUCGAGUCUCUGAAAUUCAGGAACUUACUCCUACUUACAUAUGGAAACAUGUCUCAACUCAUUGUAAUCCAGCUGACAUUGCCAGUAGAGAAACCCUUUCCGUUUCUAUGAAAGACAACAGUUUAUGGUAG